UGGUUGAGGCUUCAUGGGCUUCAAGUGUGGAGCCCAUUAAACACUAGUGCUUGCUGCUGCCGCGUAGCAGUGUCUCUCGUUAUCUAACUGAAAUCUCAAUGUUCUUCCCCGCAAUUAACUGUCGAAGUUAUCCGCAGAAAUGAACCUGGCGUAUGCUGCUACUUGUUUCUGUCCUGCUGCUGCUGCUGGUAGUGGAAAGAGAGGCAUUUUCAAGAUUAAACCUUUUAACGCUACCAGAAAUGUAUCUUUUCAGAAUAAGUUUUCUUGCUCAGCAACUGUAGCUACCGACAAAAUGACUCCGGUAUCUGAGUUUGAGAUAGAGAAGAAAAAGCAUGAUGUUUUAACAGCUAUACAAGACACGCAACGAGGACUUGUUGCUACUGCUGAUCAACGCUCUAUCAUUGAGGAUGCUCUGGUGAGCUUGGAGGGAUACAACGUGGGUGCACCAAUUGACUUAGUGAAGUUGGAUGGGACAUGGCGCCUGCAAUAUACUUCUGCCCCUGAUGUCCUCAUUCUUCUGGAAUCUUCUGCUAGGCUUCCUUUCUUGCAGGUUGGGCAGAUCUUCCAGAAGUUUGAAUGUCGAGAUCAGUCAAGUGGAGGCAUCAUUCGUAAUGUUGUAAGAUGGAGUAUUCCAACAGUAUUUGAGGAACAAGACGGUGCUACUCUCCUUGUUUCUGCAAAAUUUGAUGUUGUUUCUGCACGGAACAUCUAUCUGCAAUUUGAAGAGAUAAGCAUUCAAAAUAUCAAAAUCAGCGAAGAGGUGCAAGCUUUAAUAGCUCCAGCAAUUUUGCCACGCUCAUUCUUCAGUCUACAGAUCUUGCAGUUCAUCCGCGCAUUCAAAGCGCAAAUUCCUGUAAGAAACCCAGGAAAUCCAGGGAGGCGAGCAGUGGGAGGACUGUACUACCUUUCCUAUCUGGAUAACAACAUGAUUUUAGGGCGUGCUGUUGGAGGCGGUGGAAUAUUUGUGUUCACUAAAGCCCAGCCUCUUGACCUAUAAAAAACAAGCUUGAUUUAUUCUACUGUCUACUAGUAGUAUUACGUUCUACACUGCAUCUAGAAACCAAACACGUGAAUUUGUACAAGGCAACAACAGAAAGUAAGGAUUUCGAGUGGAGGUCAAGCGCAUCCAGCCAGAAAGCAGAGCCUAGUGGCUGCAACCAGCACAGAGCAUUUCUAUGGAGUGACCAAUGAGUUGAUUUGCUGACCCUUGGACUUGAACACACACAGCAAAAAGUCAUUAAAAGAAGGAAAAAGAAGAAGAGAAAUCCCUCUGCGUCUCCAGCAUGCUUUAUCUAUUUAUAUUCAUACUUUUUCUGUAUUUAAGUGCUCUUAAGAUUUGGAUGUAAAUUUAAGUGGAGAAACCAUUUGAAUAUUCACAGCUGAAUUAUGGCUGCUUUCAUGGA